AUGAAGAAGGCAUACGAUGUCAUUAUAGUCGGUGCAGGACAUAAUGGUCUUGUUACUUCAGCAUAUUUAGCUCGACAAGGUUUACGUGUUCUUGUAUGUGAAAAACGUGCGAUUGUUGGUGGUGCUGCAUGUACAGAAGAAAUAAUAAAAGAUUUUAAAUUUUCUCGUGCAUCGUAUUUGUUAAGUUUAUUUCGUCCGAAAAUAAUUGAUGAUUUAAAUUUACGUGAACAUGGUUUAAAGUAUUAUUUUCGUGAUCCAUGUUCGUACACACCAAUAAAAAAUCCAUUGAAUCAUUCUCAACGUUCAUUAUUAUUAUCUUCGACAGAUAAUCAAUUUAAUAUGAAACAACUUGGAAAUUUUUCAAAAAAAGAUGCAGAAAUAUUUCCGAAAUAUGAAGAAUGGUUAACAAAAAUAUGUCGAGCUUUAGAUGAAUUAAUCUAUUCACCUCCAGCUGAUCUCGGACAAAUGAGUAAACAAAAUAAAAUAUCGGAUCGUUUUCGUGCUUAUAAUUAUUCAGCGAGAAUAUUUUAUAACUUAUUUCAAAAACUUGGUCUUAAAGGUUCUCUGGAUUUAUAUCAACUAUUAACUUCAUCGGCAAGUAAAAUAUUAGAUCAAUGGUUUGAAUCCGAUAUUAUCAAAGCUACAUUAGCUACUGAUGGUCUUAUUGGUGCUAUGCUCGGUCCUUAUGAUAGAGGAACUGGCUAUAUUCUACUUCAUCAUGUCAUGGGUGGUUUAGAUGGACGAGCUAAUGCUUGGUAUUAUGUGCAAGGAGGAAUGGGUGGUGUGAGUAAUGCUAUAGCAUCAUCUGCUCGUGCUGCUGGUGUUGAAAUACGUACAAAUUGUAGUGUUAAGCAUAUUGAUAUACGUAAUUCAAAAGUUGAAGGUGUUGUACUCGAAAAUGGGGAAGAAAUUAAGGGAAAAAUUGUUGCUUCGAAUGCAACAGGUUAUACGACAUUUAAAAAUUUAAUAUUAAAUGAUGUUAUUCAAACAAAUGCUGAAUUAGUUGAAUUAAAAAGACAUAUUUUACAAAUGGAUUAUUCAAGUGGAACAACAAAAAUAAAUCUUGCACUUUCAGGAUUACCAAAUUUUCUUGCUGAUCCAAAUAAAACUAACAAUGAAUUUCAACCUCAUCAUCAAUGUACAAUACAUAUGAAUAGUGAAUCAAUACCUAAUCUACAUACUGCUUAUCAAGAAGCAUUAAACGGAAAACCAAGUAAACAUCCAUUGAUCGAAAUGGUUAUUCCUUCAACACUUGAUCCAACUAUAGCACCAAAAGGUUGUCAUGUUGCUCUAUUAUUUACACAAUAUACACCAUAUCGUUUACCAAAUGGUAAACAAAUUGAGAUAACUGAUGAAUAUAAAGAAAAUUAUUAUCGAACUGUUAUCAAUGAAAUUGAACAAUAUGCACCUGGAUUUGAAAAACUUAUCAUUGGACGUGAUAUGCUUUUUCCAUCAGAUUUAGAAGAACAAUUUUCUCUAACAGGUGGAAAUAUUUUUCAUGGUGCACUUCCACUUGAUCAACUCUACUCAUUUCGACCAGCAGUUUCAUGUUCAAAUCAUCGAACUCCUAUACAAGGUCUUUAUCUAUGCGGAAGUUCAACACAUCCAGGAGGAGGUGUCACUGGUAUGCCAGGUUUUAAUGCAGCAACAAUCAUGCUUAAUGAUUGGCAACGUAAAAAAUUUCUAUUCAAAUAA